AUGUUCAAUCGUAACACUUCCGCAAUACUAAAUAAUAUUUGCUAUUAUUCCACACGAAGCAUUACAGAAGGGUUCCCUACAAUAUAUGCUUUGUCAACACCUCCAGGACAAAGAUCAGCAAUUGCCAUAAUAAGAAUCUCCGGACAACAGUCAUUACAUGUAUACCAAUCAAUAACUGGGAAUUUAUCCAUACCGAAACCUAGAACCGCCAUCUUGAAAAACAUCUAUGAACCUUCAUCGCUAUUGGCAAAUUCUAAGAAGAAGAAAAAUUUGAUCGAUUCUUCUUUGUUUCUAUAUUUCCAAUCUCCGAAUUCAUUCACUGGUGAAAACCUUCUCGAAAUACAUUGUCAUGGGGGUAAGGCUGUUACUUCGGCCAUUUUAAAGUCUAUUCAAUCUUUAAAUGAUCCUCAAAGAGGUGUGGAAAUACGAUAUGCGGGGCCCGGUGAAUUCUCAAGGAGAGCAUUUCAAAAUAAUAAAUUCGAUUUGACUGAGUUGGAAAGUAUUAAUCAAUUAAUUGAAGCAGAGACUGAAAUUCAAAGGAAGUGUAUCAUAUCGAGUUUUACUGGUGAGAAUAAUUUGAAAUUUGAAAUUUGGAGGCAAGAUUUGAUUAAAUGUGUCGCCAAUUUGACUGCUAUCAUUGAUUUUGGUGAAGAUAUUGAAAUGAGUGAUGUAGAUUCUUUAGUUAACAAAGUUAAAGCGGAAAUUACUCAAAUCAAAGUACAGAUAGAAUCAUUCUUGAAUAGAUUGAAAAAAUCGCGUAUUUUGAAAGAUGGGAUAAAGAUUAGUUUGAUAGGUAAACCUAACGCCGGGAAGUCCUCUUUGGUAAACUGUUUAACUAGUAAUGAAACGUCGAUUGUAAGUGAUAUUCCAGGAACUACCCGUGAUGUUGUAGAUAGUUAUCUUGACAUUGAUGGUUAUAAAGUCAUAUUGACUGACACUGCAGGAAUACGACAAAACUCAACGGAUAUCAUCGAGAAAAUGGGCAUUGCAAAGGCUCUGAAAAGUAUUAAAUCCAGUGAUGUUUCACUAUUAAUAAUAGAUAUAUCAGAGGAAAAAGAAGAAGAAGAAGAAGAAAUUACAAAUGCAAUAAAUAACUUAAUCGAACUAAGCGAAGCAGAAGAUAAGAGAUCAAUGAUCAUUUUGAACAAAAAGGAUUUAGUAAACGAUGAAGACAAGAUGGAAAAUAUUACAGAAAGGUUAACUAAAAGCUUUGGUACGAAAUAUCCAAUAGUACCGGUUUCCUGUAUUACGGGGGAUGGGAUCAAAGACUUGACGGACAUGUUAACAAAAGAAUUCAAAACAUUAUCUGAGGAUCUUGAUGAGUCAAGUCCAAUUCUUAUGUCCCAAAGGGUAACAGAUAUAUUACAAAAUGACGUUUUGUUCGGCAUUGAAUCUUUUAUUAAUUCAGUAGCAAAUGAAAAAGAUAUAGUAAUGGCUACUGAAGACUUAAACGUGGCAAUUGACGGUAUUGGGAAAAUCACUGGACAAGCCGUUGGAGUUGAUGAAAUCUUAGACUUUGUAUUUUCGAAGUUUUGUGUUGGUAAGUAA